CCGUUUGUACGUAAAUACGUAAAUCAAUAGGUGAAUGAUGACGUAGUUGCUAUUAUUUAGCAAGAGCAUGCCACAUGAUGAUCGAAUGUGCAGACUAGACAGGGAAACAGCAGCUUUCCGGUAGCGUAUUUGAAGCUUCGGUAGCCUAGAGCUACUUCUUCAUACUUUCCUUUGUUACUCCAUCCAUUCCAACAUCUCUUGACAACAUAACCAUCAGCUUGAUACCCACGACUACCCACGACAUUCAUAUCUAUUCCAACUUCACAUCUAACAUACCAAUCUGACCUACCUACCCCUAAGCAGUCCCAACACAAAUCGCCCAACAUGACUAAAGGAGAAACCACCCAAGUCAAGGUCCACUACAAGGGCAAGGAGGACGACUUCAUCAUCUUCAUCGAUGACAUCGAAACCUACAAGAAGUGGAAAAGCGACAAAUCUGUUCCCAUGGCUCACUUCAUUUCUGCCUUCAAGAUCUUCGUGACACACAAACAAGGAAAUCAAGGCCAGAUGGACGGAGCAUCCAAUAGUACACUCGAGAACGAGUUUGGUGUCUCCAACGAGGAUGAGGUUAUCAAGAAGAUACUAGAGUCUGGCACAAUUCAGGAGUCUGAGUUUCCCGAACGCCAGGGACCCAAGAAUGACGCUCAGAGAGGCUCCAUUGUUACUGGUCAGGUUUCCAGAUAAGAGUCGUAAUUCAACUCACCGACAGCGCUCGGUGCAACCUGGUACGCUGUUCCAUUGCACGGCGUCAAGCUAUCGAUUGGGAAAGCAGCGCUCAGGUGAGUUAGGGAUGUCAUUGACUAAGUGUUACAAUGACUUUCUAACGAAGGCGGAUUUCGAAUGUUAUACUCGUGGAAUAGCUAUCAUCUACUAGCUAACGAGUAAUAUUAUGGCGAUAGAUCUGCAAAAUAGUCGUAGCUAGCGACAUAUAAAUCUUAGCGAAAUAAGUUGAUCGAAUAUUAACUAAUGCACCAAG